ACGAGUUUCAAGAUAGCCAUUUGCUGAAAUAACCAAAUGUUUCAUAAAUUUGCCCUAUAAUUGAGAAAAAAGUGCAGUUUCAUCUUUGUCUUCUUUAUUUUGUGCGUAAGAAUAAAUCGAGGGAAAUAACCUCACUUCAUUUUUGGUUAUCUUUUUGUUUUCGUUCCGUACGUACUCAGUUAUCAAGUUUUGUGAUUGCGUCAUGUAAAACUAUAGAUAUAUGAUUUUAUCACCACCAAAAAUCAGUUAUAUCAAAUAACAUACCAUUCUAUAUAAUGAAAUCCUAUUAUUGAUUGUAAUCAUUAACUUUCAAUAAAUAUGACAUCUAAUUGUUUACUAAGACUGGAUUUACUUAAAGUUGGUCUACUCAAAUAAUUGAAGAUCAUCCUAAUGGCCUUUUAAGCAUAAGAGAGAAAGUAAUUAAAAAUGAUUUAGACUGAAAUAGAACACUACAAUAAUGGAAGGAGAAGAAUUCCACCUCCGCUGGGAGGAAGCUGAUAUAAAACCUAAUAUAGAGGUGACUGAAGAAGUAAUAUGCGGAUUAGAAAAUGUCCAAACUGUGCCUUAUUCAAAUAUGACGGCAGAAGAGCUAAUUGCCAAUGCAGAUAAUAUAGCAGCGGAGAACCUUGUAUUCUUAUCCCAAGAUGUGAAUUAUACUGAGUCGGCUGAACUAGCAGCUGAUCCCAGCGUUGAGUGCGUUACUGAAGAAGUGAUCACUGAUGAUUGGGUGAUUAGUGGAGAACAGGAACGAGUGGAAGUGCCUUUAGAACAUCUUGCACAUCCAGUGCAGAAUGUGAAAGUAGAAAAUGACCUUGAUGUGCCAUUACCAACUGAUCAGGAUGAAUACACAGCGAUGCGACCAUUCCCCUGCGAUUUUUGUUCACGGCGGUUUCGAAAGAAAGCAGCUCUUAUGAAUCACAUGGUUGCACAUCAAAAUGAUAGACCGCACGCAUGCAACUUGUGCGGCGUAAGAUACGUGCGCAAAUGUGACCUGAUGAACCAUCUGAAAGUACACGCUUUUAUACCAGAAAAUGAGCCUAUUGAAUAUCAUAGCAAUGAUGAAGAAAUACACACUGCCUCUCUUUUAAAGCCAAGAAAGAAAAGAGGCAGACGGAAAAAGAAACCAGAUCCUGUAGAAAACGGCGUGCCGGACGUGCACAUGACGUCAGCGCGCACGCAGCAGUGGUCGCGGCGCGGGCGCACUCCCCCCAAGCCUCCCCCAUCUCCCCCAUCCCCGCCAUCCCCCGCGUCCCCCUCCCCGCCACCAUCACCGCCACCGCCCCCGCCGCCCACCGACCCGUCAAGGCCCUUCGUUUGCCGGCAUUGUGGUAUUGGAUUCGCGAGGGAGAAAGCGCUGCAGUCGCAUGCAAGGGUACACGGUGGCGAUUCGCCCGUGGAAUGCAGCGAGUGCGGCGAGCUGUGCUGGUCGCGCGAGGCGCUCGCGUCGCACGCGGCGCAGCGACACCCGCACCUGCCGCAUCUACCGCGAUCGGCUAAACACGACCCUUAUGAUGAUAACUCGGGUGACGACAUGGACUUCCGCCUAUCCCCACUAGCGCAUAGCGGCAGUGAACGUGAGCGCACGGUGUACGACACGGUGCGUGGCCCCGAGCUGUUCUGUCAGGACUGCGGCGUGGCAUUCCAGCGCGCUGACCUGCUGCGGCGGCAUGUAGCAGCCGCCCACAGUUACAAGCGACACGACAGCACAAGCAGUACCUGGGAGCAGGAGCACACGUGCGACGUGUGCGGCGAGAGCUGUCCCGAUGCCUUAACGUUAUUGGCCCACGCGGAGGGACACGCUGAACGACAUCGCCCUAAUGCGCCUAGAUUAAAAAGAAUGUCCAAAGGUCGCAACACAACUACAGCUUUACUCAAUUCAAAACAAUUCCCAUGCAGAGAAUGUGGCAAAGUGUUCGGGUCGCGCAGCUCGCAGCAGAUCCACAUCCGCAUCCACACGGGCGAGCGGCCGUACGCGUGUCGCUUCUGUUGGAAAGCGUUCGCCGACGGCGGCACGCUGCGCAAGCACGAGCGGAUACACACCGGUGAGAAACCGUACGCGUGUGCAGUGUGCCCGCGUGCGUUCAACCAGCGCGUUGUGUUGCGCGAGCACGUACGCUCUCACCACUCGGCGCCUGACCGACGCGCUAACGGCGGGUAUCAAUAUUCGUGCACUGUGUGCGGGAGGCCGAUGUUAACAAGCGCAGAGUUGGUGCAGCAUCUCAUACAGCACUGUGAUGAAAAUACCGCCUUGAAAAGACAGCCUCAGUCCGGGCCAAGGAAGUACAAGCGGCGGCGGAAAAUAAAGAACGAGCCGGCGCUGUCGCCCGUGGGCGAGUGGGGCGGGUCACGGUCACCGGCGCGGUCACGGUCACGGUCACGGUCACCAGCGUCGCCGCGGUCACCGGCCGCGCCGCCCGCGCGCCGCCGUCGCCGCGCCGCUGCCCCGCCGCCGCGCCGACCGCGCAUGAUACACACGUCGGAGGAGAGUCGUGCCCGCACUAAGCAGGUCCGGACUCGGCGUCCGCCCCGGCACCCGGCUGACGAUCUACGCGCCAUAGCGCCGCGCUCCCUCUCCCCCUCCCCCUCCCCGCUGCCCUCUCCCCCCACACCCGCACCCGCCUCCCCGCCAUCCCCCUCUCCACCUCCCUCCCCCGCACACUCCCCACAACAGACACACGACGAAGGACCCUUCAAGUGCGAAAUGUGUUCGUUAGAAUUCCCCCGCAGAGAUGCCCUACUCCUGCACGUUCCAGUACACAUAUGACGAAAACUCGGAAUUAGGAACAAUAAUAGGAAAAGAAAGGCGAGGAGGAAGAAAUAGAAUUUUUGAGAUGCUAUAGUUAUCGGAGUAGCAAUAAAGAUAAAGAAGGUUCAUUCGAGUGAAACGGGUACGGAAUCUCCGUGUAUCUUAAUUUGCACGUAUAGCACGUGAAAAAGACAAACUAAUGCUGUUUAAUGUUGAGAUCAGUGCAAUUCGUUAAAUUUAGGUA